CCCCAACCCCCUAUAUCAGGCAGAUACAAUCCAAUAGUUCCCCCUCCUCAAUCUCUCUCACGGGCCCUUCUCCCCCCGCAACCCUUCCUGUCAUUUGGAUCCAGGCCAUGCCAGCAUUUGGGGUUAUUUUUAGGAAGGGGGUAAACGUUGAAGAGGAAUAAACGCAUGUAUCGAUUUCUUCUUCGUUGUGCUGUACGUACAUCUUUUUUUCUGGACGCUAGCACAUACGAUUGAUAUUGGUCCGAUUGAGAGUCCCUGGGUGUAACCACGGAUUGAACCCCAGUGUGGUGUCAGUGUGUGAUCAUCUCGGAGACUUCAAGAUAAUAUUAUAUUUAUUGCUCACAAAGUGGAUUACAGUUUGGAAUUACGAAUCUAUUCUCCCUGGCCAUCGCGAAAAAGCAAGUCUUACUUGAAACCUCAUCUAAAUAAUGCUAAUCUUUCUAACUAAUUCUUAAGACUGCUCUAAUAAGACACUGUUAAGAUAUGAAGAUGUACAACCAAAUACUUUCAAGAGCCACUCACAGGCUUCUGUUGCUUGUAGGAAUGUUUCUCGUGCCUUCGACCGUCCUUGGACAGUUCUGGCAGAACACACAAGGCAAUAGCUUUCCAGACUAUGGUAAUUACCCUCAGUACCAGGGGACAAGUGCCAGUGACUCCAUGUAUGGAGGUCAACAAAAUGGCCAGCAAAGUCAAGGUCAAGGACAAUCAUCGAACAUUGAUAUUGAUGUCGAUGAUGACAUGGAUCCAGAAGAUGUCGCCUUUUUCAAGGAUUAUCUUCAAAUAUGGGAAUACGUGGAGGGUGCAGAAAGUCCUGAGGAACUCCGAGAAGCCGUGAUGCGUCUUCAGAGAAUGGCUGGGGUUGAACCAACAGGAAUCCUCAACAAUCAAACACUAGCCAGGAUAAAAAAUGCAGAGAGAUGCGGCAACAAGGAUAAAAAGAUCUCUACUGAUGAGAUGAGGAAGAGAAGAUACGCAAUACAACAUGGAUGGUCAAAAAAAAAGCUAACAUGGGCAAUAAAGAAUUAUACACCCGACGUUGCGAAAGCGACAACUAUUCGUGUCCUUACUUCUGCUUUUCAAGUUUGGGGUGACGUUGCGAGACUCGAUUUCGCCCCAACCAGGUUUCCAAGAGCUGAUAUUAUCAUCUUGUUUGCCAGAGCUAAUCAUGGGGACGGUUAUGCCUUUGACGGUCCCGGAGGUACCCUAGCUCAUGCCUACUUCCCUGGAGAAGGUAUCGGAGGCGACGUCCAUUUCGAUGAGGAUGAGACUUUCAGCGACAGAACAAGACAGGGUACCAAUUUGUUCAUUGUAGCAGCGCAUGAAAUAGGACACAGUCUUGGAUUGGCACACUCUGAAGUCAGUAAAUCGCUGAUGGCACCCUACUACCAAGGUUUUCAACCAAAUUUCAGACUCAACACUGAUGACAUCAGAGGAAUCCAAAGUCUGUAUGGUGCCCGUUCAACCCCUCCCAACAGACCACGCCCACCUGGCAGUCCAGUGGUACCUGAUAAUGGUCCAAGAGACAGGAGGGUUUGCAACGCACAAAUUUCUGCGGUGACAUUUGGACAAGUCGUUGGGCAUCAAGUUCCUUCACUUUUCAUUUUCAGUGGAGAACAAUUCUGGAUUAAGAAAGGUAACGAACCGGUAUCAAAUGCUCUUCAAACCGAAGCAAUAUUCACAGAAAUGCAAUCUAUUCCGGAUGCAGCCUUCAUUAGGAGCUUCAGAGGACAAAAAAGAAUGGUAUUUUUCUCUGGUACCGAAAUAUGGGAAUUCUCACAGGGAGCGUACCAACCUCGUGAUAUACGGGAACGAACAGGGAUCCGGACUAACGGUAUUGACGCAGCAUUCAAAUGGGCAAGAAAUAAUCGAAUUUACGUCUUCUACAGAGGAUUGUAUUGGCGACUGAAUGAGCAAACACUGCGGGCUGAUCGAGGAUACCCACGACCUAUCAAGGAUAACUGGAGGGGUAGAAGUGGACCAUUCGACGCCGUCUGGACUGAAGGAAAAGGUGGAGUGAGUCAUUUCCUCAUCAACAAACAAGUUAGCACAUUCAAAGAUAAUGAAGUCUUUUUCGUUGCUGAAACACGCAACUUUGCUUCUGACUGGCUUAUUUGUGGACAAAACAUAGGAUCGGGUGCGGACGGACCAAUCAGAAUCUCUGGAAUACUUCUCAUUGUUUCAUUCCUAAUGACAAUAAAACGAGUGUUAUGAUUAGACCAAUCACCUGCUGUAUCAUAUCAUUUGAAAUAUCUAUAAAACAAAAUGUGAAACUUUAUUUUUACCUGCAUUUGCCUUUGGUCUUUCACGUAGUUAUCAAGAAGAAUUUAGUUACACUGCUACUGACAGAACAAAAUAGACAAAUCUUAUUGAAUUAUGUUGAUUCUACUUGUUUCAGCAUGUGAUUGCAUUUGCAGGAAGUUUAUUGACAUUGAUUAAUAUUUUGGGUGUCGAUCAUAAGGGGGAUGGGGAUAUAUCCUCUCUCCCAACAUUUCACGUUUGAGGAUGGCUUAUAAUCCCACAAUAAUUUAACGUCUAACAUCAUAACAUUUAUGAUGAAUCAUAUAAGCAUGAUAAUGAUAAGGAGGUAGUUAGAGAGUAUUAUGAUCACGAAGAUGGUAGACUAUUAUUGAUUGUAGUGUGUACUUUUUUCCAUAUAUGAAUUUUCUUGUGUUUAUUGUCAAUGAAUGAAAUUAUUUCUUUCAGAAAACGUUAGAAACAGAUGAGUGAAGAGAGAUUCUUUUUCUUUAAAUCCAGGAUGAAAUAAAAUAACUAGUUUAUGUUUAUGCUAUCAUACAUGGCAUUUUUAUUUAUUUACCCCUCCCGAGGGGCCUGGGAACGAUUUUUGAAGCUGUGGCGCUGGUUUGGGAAAACAAUGACGAGCAAAAAAAUUUUGUUCGAAAAUAAAGGUGAUUUUGGUCAAAGUACAUGUCUAUUAUUUUAACAUACCUACCUGAUCUAAGUGGGUGGUGCAAAUGGUGUAUAACAUCAACAUCACCCCUGCUUCCUAACGUCAUGCUCCCCGUGACCAAGCGCUUAGAGUCCCGUAUAUUUUACAACACUUUUCAAUGUAAUUUCGCGUGUGUUAGUAUUCUUGAUCCAGUUGUAUGACGUAAAAUAAGUGGAGAACAUACGAAAGAGUAAUGAAAUAAAAAAGAGUGUAUGAAAGGGCAAUAGUCCUGAAAAGUUGAAACAAAAAGUCUUCAAAAUGGCUAAUUUUGACCAUUAUGACAUGGGUCUCACCCACUAUUUAGAUCCCACUAAAAAUUAGAUCCGUUACGCCAAUGACACCCCCCCCCAACUAAGUUAAAGCAAGAAAAGACAUCCCUCAAAGAGAACGAAAUUUGCGUCCAUCAUCCCCCAACCAUGAACACCGAUCGACACCCACGAUCUACAAGAUAGGCGGGACCAUAAGGAAUGAAGAAAUUAACAUUACAAUGCUUGGGUUUUAGAAAGAAAAAUAAUAUUUUAAAGGAAAUCUGGUAUUUCAAUCACUCAAGAUACUGUCUAUUUGUUGUUUUUAUGUUUGGUAUAAUUUUUCGUAUCAAAGCCCUCCUUCACCUUGCUUUAUUCCUUUUCUGUCUCUCUCUCCCUAUCUAUCUCUUACACACACAAACACCCAGCCACCCACUCCUCACACACAAACACACCCACCCACACACUCUCUCUACGCUCUCUUUCUUCCCGCCCUCACCUCUUUCCUUCUCUCCUACUCUCCAUCUUUAUUAGCAUUCACCUAGGUGCCUCAGCAUAUUUCUUUUUGAAGCAUUGUCAAUUUUAUAUCGAUCGAGGUAUUAAUCUGAUAAAUAUGUCCUUAUCGCCACUAAGAAAACAAAAACACUAUAGAACUUUCUUCUUAUUUCCUCCUUUCAAUUGAAAUGUUGUACAUAUUUAGAUUUUGAACAUUCAUCUCUUUCCAAGAACAAAAAUCUGAAAGCAAUACACGAGUAUUUAUAAAUGUGUUGCAAAUUAAGUUUCAAAACUCUUUUAUCGACUAUCAUUUAUCCGUAUGUUUGUGAAAUGAAUAUGUAUACUUUUAUCAAACGAGAAAUAAACGCAUCUGUAUG